AAAAUCGCAAUCUUCUCUGCAACUCCGCUCUCUCUUCGAUGUCUGCGAUCUCUUCUUCCCUUCUCACUUUCGGUCCAUUCCUCUCAAAAAUCUCUUCUUCGGCUCCUUGUUCACGUUCUUUUGCUUCUACAGUUUCAAUUUUAUCAAAGCCACUAUGUUCUUCUUUUUAUCUUCUCCGCUAUUCCUCUCUUCAAACCAAGCCUCUUCGAGCUACCGAGGGAACAAUCUCCGAGACUUCCACUUCAACCAUAAGCAUCGACAAUGACUCCUCCUCUGACUCAACGCUCUUCGAGAUCAGAGCUCGCAAUAAGAUCGGCCUUCUUCAAGUUAUCACCAGGGUUCUCAAGGUCCUCGGUUUACGAAUUGAGAAAGCGACCGUUGAAAUCGAGAGCGAUUUCUUUGUGAAGAAGUUCUUCGUGACUGAUUCGCAUGGGAGGAAGAUCGAGGACCCCGGCAGCUUGGACCGUAUCGAGAAGGCUUUGUUGGAGGCUAUCGAGGGUGGUGAUGGAGUGGUGGUGUUGGCGGAUUCUUCAGUGCCUUCUUCUAGAGGAAUUGUUGUGCGGAAAGCGGGAUAUCUACCCGAAGCUGGGGAGAGGAAGGCCAAGGCAGAGAAGUUGUUCGGGUUGAUGGAUGGAUUCCUGAAGAAUGAUUCACAUAGCCUUCAGAAGGACAUUCUAGAUCACGUUGAGUAUACUGUGGCAAGGUCCCGGUUUAGUUUCGACGAUUUCGAGGCUUACCAGGCAUUAUCACACAGUGUGAGAGACCGGUUGAUUGAGCGUUGGCAUGAUACUCAACAGUACUUCAAGAGGAAAGACCCAAAGCGCCUGUACUUUCUCUCUCUCGAAUUUCUUAUGGGUCGUUCUUUAUCAAAUAGUGUUAUAAAUUUAGGCAUCAAGGACCAGUAUGCAGAUGCUCUGAAGCAACUCGGUUUUGAUUUUGAAGUCUUGGCUGAACAGGAAGGAGAUGCUGCCCUUGGUAAUGGUGGCCUAGCUCGCCUUUCUGCAUGUCAGAUGGACUCUUUGGCAACACUGGACUUUCCUGCUUGGGGUUAUGGACUUCGGUAUCAGUAUGGGUUGUUCCGUCAGGUUAUAUUGGAUGGCUUUCAACAUGAGCAACCUGAUUACUGGUUGAACUUUGGGAAUCCUUGGGAAAUAGAACGGGUUCAUGUCUCAUACCCAGUGAAGUUCUAUGGAACUGUUGAGGAGGAGAAUAUGAAUGGACACAAAUCUGCAAUUUGGGUCCCUGGAGAAAUGGUUGAGGCCGUUGCUUAUGACAACCCAAUACCUGGUUACGGAACGAGGAAUACAAUUAAUCUUCGUCUAUGGGCAGCUAAACCAAGUGGGCAGUAUGAUAUGGAAUCUUAUAAUACUGGAGAUUAUAUCAAUGCUGUAGUCAACAGACAGAAGGCUGAGACAAUUAGUUGUGUUUUAUAUCCUGAUGAUCGUUCUUAUCAGGGGAAGGAACUGCGGUUGAAACAACAGUAUUUCUUUGUCUCAGCAUCAUUGCAGGACAUCAUACGGAGAUUUAAAGAAGUGCACAGUAAUUUUGAAGGGCUUCCUGAUAAGGUAGCUCUGCAGCUGAGUGAUACUCAUCCAUCACUUGCAAUUGCUGAGGUCAUGAGGGUGCUUGUUGAUGAAGAACAUUUGAGUUGGAACAAAGCAUGGGGCAUUGUAUGCAAAAUUUUCUCUUUCACAACUCACACGAUACAACCUGAAGCACUAGAGAAGAUCCCUGUGGACCUACUGGGCAGUCUUCUUCCACGACAUUUACAGAUCAUAUAUGAGAUAAACUUUAAUUUCAUGGAGGAAUUGAAAAAGAAGAUUGGUCUUGAUUACAGUAGACUCUCUCGAAUGUCAAUUGUUGAGGAGGAAGGUUCUGUGAAGAAUAUUCGGAUGGCAAACCUCUCAAUUGUUUGUUCUCAUACUGUUAAUGGUGUAUCCCAGAUUCAUCUAGAACUGUUGAAAACAAGGGUUUUCAAGGAUUUUUAUGAUUUGUGGCCUCAAAAGUUUCAAUACAAGACAAAUGGUGUUACACAGCGUCGCUGGAUUGCGGUGAGCAAUCCUAGUUUAUGUGGCCUCAUCUCAAAAUGGCUUGGAACAGAAGCUUGGAUCCGUGAUGUGGACCUCUUAAUGGGACUACGAGAACAUGCAGCCAAUGCUGAUCUUCAACAAGAAUGGAAACUGGUCAGAAGGAUAAACAAAAUGAGGCUUGCUGAGUACCUUGAAGUUAUGAGCGGUGUAAAGGUUAGCAUUGAUGCAAUGUUUGAUGUACAAAUCAAGCGAAUACAUGAGUACAAAAGACAACUGCUUAAUUUACUUGGCAUUAUCCAUCGUUAUGACUGUAUAAAGAACAUGCGGGAGAGUGAUAGGUGGAAGGUUGUACCACGUGUUUGCAUUAUUGGAGGAAAAGCUGCUCCUGGUUAUGAAAUAGCAAAGAAGAUAAUCAAACUGUGUCAUGCUGUUGCAGAAAAAAUUAAUAAUGAUCCGGAUGUUGGAGAUCUUCUGAAAUUGGUUUUUAUUCCUGAUUACAAUGUUUCUGUGGCUGAAUUGGUAAUACCGGGGAGUGACCUGUCACAGCACAUAAGCACUGCUGGUCAUGAGGCAUCUGGGACUGGUAGCAUGAAAUUUUUGAUGAAUGGAUGUUUACUUUUAGCUACUGCUGAUGGGUCUACUGUUGAAAUCAUUGAAGAAAUAGGAGAAGAGAACAUGUUUAUAUUUGGUGCUAAAGUACAUGAAGUGCCAGCUUUGCGUGACAAUGGGUCUGCUGCUCGUAAACCAUCUCUUCAAUUUGCACGUGUUGUCAGGAUGGUUCGUGAAGGGUAUUUUGGUUUCAAGGAUUACUUCAGAUCACUAUGUGAUGCCGUGGAGAGUGGUGGUGAUUUUUAUCUGCUGGGAGAUGAUUUUGAGAGCUAUCUUGAAGCACAGGCUGCUGCGGACAAGGCAUUUGUUGAUCAAAAGAGAUGGACUCAGAUGAGCAUUCUUGCCACUGCGGGCUCUGGGAAAUUCAGUAGUGAUCGGACCAUUGUUGAGUACGCAGAGAAAACAUGGGGAAUUGAACCAUGCAAAUGUCCCUUUUGAACCUAAGUCCUCCAUAUUUGUAGGAACAAUUAGAGUGGAAAUAAAGCUUGCCUUUUAAUAGAGAAUCAAUGUAUUUGGGCCUUGUCCUAUCGUGUAG